AUGUCGGGACCACGGGCGAAGUCUGGUGCCUUGAUGCCGCCGGGACCUUUUCAGGCCCAGCCACAACUUUCUUCUGAAAGUUGUCUUGAAGGCUUAGGCUUAGCACAUUCUGAAUGCCAUAAGAAACAGCUAUCAGAUAUGAUGGUUUCGUCGCUUGCUGUCUUGGAGGAUUUCAUUUCAUAUACUCAAAAGUUUACGCUCUGCAGUCAUCUUUGCGUGGAUGCUUACGUCUUAGAGGAGCGUGAAAAAAGUAGGAAUGCGCAUAAAUGUCAGAGAUCCCUUCUUCAAAGUGGAACUGACCUAAGAAGAGCCAAUGAUGGAUUGCAGCUGACAACUUCUGCUAGUUUGCUGAAGGCAAGAGGACUGCUGCUCGUAGCAACGGCAAAUAGAGAUGAGAAGAAGCUUGCUCGAGCAUUUCAGGCAUUAAUUAAGCAGCGAGAGAGGGAGGAAAUAGAAUUGUCAGGCUUUUAUCAAGCAUCUAUACCAAGGCCUUCACUGCUAUCGAUAAAGUCAGGCAUGUCCUACUCCAUAAAUUUAUACUCCUUUUUUAUCGAUGCUGACAUCCACCCAUCUAUCCAGUCAAAGAUUUACACGGAAAGCUCUGUGAACUCAUUUUUAAUCUAUCUUUUUGGAAGAUUCGAUCGUGCUGACUGA